UCCGCCCCCUUCCAAACCCCACGUCGCGGGCGCAAGCGCAGCCCCCGUUCGCUCGCUCGCGGCCGAGCGGAAGAGACAGGCGCGGAGAAUGGCGCCGCUACACGCCGCCCCGCCGCCGCCCUCGGCCUGCUCAUCCUCCCCCGCGGCGGGCCCGGCCUUCCUCGCCAGGCCUCACCACCACCACCGCAGGGCGGUGGCGGCCUCCUGCUGCUCCCCCGCAGUGACCGCCGCAGCUGCUCCGUCGAGGAAAGCGUUCCUGUCAUGCCCGGAUCACAGCCCCGGACGGGCACUGGCGCCGCCACGCGUCACCCCAUCGUCGUCCCCGGCGCUUGUCGCGUCCGUAAAGGACCUGUACGACUUCAUCUGCAGCGGGCCGCUGGUGGACAGGAUCGGCUACACCAAGGAGAAGGUCGCCGAGUCCAUCGACCGGUGGCUGCGCUGCGGAAGUCAGAUCGCUCGCCUGUUCCGCCUCAACGAGCUCCAGCUGUCGGAGGCCGAGAAAGUCAGGAUAUACCACUUCUACAUCCCCGUCUUCCUCUGGUGCGAGGACCAGGUCACCGAGCACAGGGCCAAAUACAAGGAGGGCGACGACAUCCCACCAUUGGUGAUUGGGGUCAGCGCUCCUCAAGGAAGUGGAAAGACGACCCUUGUCUUCACGCUUGAUUACCUUUUUCGUGUUGCUGGUAGGAAUUCCACCACGUUGUCUAUAGAUGACUUCUAUUUGACAGCAAAAGAACAGAAUGAACUGAGGGAUAGAAAUCCUGGAAAUGCUCUUUUAGAGCUCCGUGGAAAUGCUGGAAGCCACGAUCUCCAAUUCUCAGUUGAAACACUUGAGUCACUUACCAAACUAACUAAGGAAGGUAUGAAGAUGAAGGUUCCACGGUAUGACAAGUCUGCUUUUGGGGGAAGAGGUGAUCGUGCUGAUCCUUCAGUGUGGCCAGAUGUCGAAGGACCAUUGGAGGUUAUUCUCUUUGAAGGAUGGAUGCUUGGAUUUAAACCUCUUCCAAAUGAAGUUGUGAAAGCAGUGGAUCCUCAGCUCGAGGUGGUUAACAAGAACCUAGAAGCGUACUAUAAUGCUUGGGACAGGUUCAUCGAGUCAUGGAUCGUGAUAAAAAUACGAGAACCCAAUUGCGUAUUCCAGUGGAGGCUGCAGGUCAUUACUCGUUUAUCUAAACAAGUGCGUUGCCGAAUUCAUGACAACUAUGGAUUGCAAUUUCUGAAGUUUCUACUUGUAUUUUUGCAGGCAGAGAUAGCUAUGAGAGCAGAUGGAAAACCUGGAAUGUCCGAUGAGGAGGUUAUGGAUUUUGUAUCGCGUUACCUACCGGCAUACCAUGCGUAUUUGCCCACACUAUACAAAGAGGGACCAAAUGGUUCAAAACCAGAGCAGCUGCUGGUCAUUGACAUAGAUGAAGGGAGGAACCCUUUAUGGGGCAGCUGAGGUUGUGAAUUCCUAAUGUACAUGCUGAAAAGUGAAAAUGGAUUUUUUUCUGACUCCACAGUGCAGCUGGGAUCUCUGCUCUUUAUGAGACUUCUUAUGUUAAGCAAGCAUUGUAGGCAUCUUUGUUCCCAUGGUUCGAAUAUAUUGUGAACCUGUAAAUUGCAUUCAUAACAAAUUUUGUUAUCUAUCAAGGAAAUAAAUCAACGUUUUGUCUUCCAUUUCUA